AACUUUUUAACAAAAUAUUGGAAAAAAUAUUAUUCCCGCUCACCAUCGACAGAUGGCAGUAAUGUUUCGAUUUUUUAUGCUCCAAAUCUUAAACCACGAAUAUUCUGAUGUUCCAACAUAGAAAAUGAUUCUUAGUGGUAGUGGUUCUGAAACUGCUUUGGUACCAUCGACUAUUGGUUUAGUUCCGUUGAGUUUUUUUUCUCUUGUUACAUGUUUACAAAGUUUUCGAAUCCUUUUCAUCCGGUGGAACAAUAUCGGGUCCUACUCGAUAUUUGAUUUGACCAUCAUCAUGAAAUCGGGUGUUCAAUUAUAUUUGGAACAAUUAUGGACACGUAUGAAUCAGACAUAUUUUCGUCGAACGUCAACACGAUUACCAUCAUGUAUUUAUUACAUUAUCACACCGAUAGCUAAUCUAUAUUUUUAUUAUAAUUAUUUUGAUGAAUUUUCAGAUCCAAAACUUCGUGAAUGGCCAUUAAUGGGGUCGAUCAUUUGGCCAUUAAUAAUUGUAAUCAUAUAUUUAACCAUUGUUUAUCAUGGUUAUCAAUGGCUCAAAAAUGGAAAUGAUUCAUCAUCACCAUCUUCGGUUCAACGUUGGAUAUUGAAAGCUUUAUCUGCAUCGAAUAAUCAAAAUUCUUUAGGUGGUGGUCGUAGUCAUCACAAAACUCAUCAUCAUCACCAUCACCAUCAUCAUCAUCAUCAUCAUCAUCAUGGUAAAGGGCACAGAGGACAUAGUAUCAGUAAUAGUAUUGGAAUUGGAACUUUUGAUACUAUUCCAGUGACUCAGACUAUAUGGUUUUCAGCAUUUAUUAUUGUUUAUAAUCUUAGUAUGGCAUCAUUGAAUGCAUGGAUUGCCUAUGAGUUGGUUUAUUGUGCAUGGAAAUCAGAUUAUAAUUUUCUUUGCCAAUUAGUAUAUAUCGGUACGGAUGAUCCAUAUGAAACAAGGAUUGCCAUUGCAAUUUGGUGGUAUUUUAUAUCGAAAGCAAUCGAAUUGAUCGAUACAUUAUUAAUAAUAAUCAAACGCAAAGCCAAUCAGCUUACAUUUUUACAUAUCUAUCAUCAUUCAACAAUGUUUAUUGUUUGGUGGGUCGGUGCAAAAUUUGUGCCCGGUGGAUCAGCAGUUACCGGUGCAUUAGUCAAUUGUAUUGUACAUGUACUUAUGUAUAGCUAUUAUGCCUUAGCAUCAUUCGGUCAACGUUUGCAGCCAUAUUUAUGGUGGAAAAAAUAUUUGACAAUCAUACAAUUGAUACAAUUUACAAUGGGUGUUACAUUAGGCUUAAAUUCAAUAAUUACCGGUUGCCCAUUUACACGUUGGAUGCAAUAUGUAUUUGUUUGUUAUGCAUUUUCAUUUCUAAUUUUAUUCGGCAAUUUUUAUCGUAAAACAUAUACACAAUCAAUUCGUAGUGGUGGAAAAAAAUCUAAAUCUACAACAACAACAACAACAAUGACAACAACUAAUUCUUCAUCAAAUGAUAAUGUAAAAAAUGAUCUUCCAACAAUAAUGGAUAAUAAUGGCUUUAAAUCCAACGAAUUAUUAUUCGAAAAAAAUCAACUACAAAAAUCCAUUCGUAAUAAUUGUAAAUUAUCACAACGGAAACGAAAUAAGAAACAACAACAAUCAUCAAAUAAAAAACGAAACGAAUAAUUAAUUGUGAUAGUGAUAUAUUUACAUAGGAAGAUAGAUAUAUAUGCUUAAUGAAUUUGUUCUUGUUGGCUAUAGUGUUUGUAUUGACCAGUGUGUUCUAAUUUUACAAAGGAAAAUAAACAAAACUAAGCAUAUUUAUUACACAUACACACACACAC